AUGUUACGCGAAAAGCAGCUGGAAGCCGCCAGGGACUUGCGCGAAGUGGAAAUUGAGGAAAAACGUACACUAUUCGAAACGGAAUUGCGGGAAAAACGAAUGCACUUCGAGCAAAUGAAGGCGAUGGAAGCCGAGCAUCGCGAGAAAAUCUCCGAGCUGGAAAGGCGUAUGGAGAAGAUAGAAGUCCAGGAAAAGUCGAAGAUUAAAAAUCAGAAACCCGGAGGCCAAGACGACCAAGCAACUACCUCGAAGCAAUCUCCGGAGGGAAUAAAGCCUGGCAAGCUUACGAAGGAAAAUCUCGAUCACCUCGAGAAUAUCAACAGUGGUGUAGAAAGCGAUGAAGACGAUUACAGCUUCGAUGAUCCCGAUGACGACGACGAGGAAAAAACCGUCGACUUGGAAGGCGAUAGGAAAAGCCAGAUCAGCUCUCAAAACGGGCAGGGGCACCAGCGUGCCGGGCCGACGUCAAACGAAGCUUGUGGCUAUUCGGAUGUAGAGAGCUUGGUGAGACUCCAGGAAAGCUUAAAGGGUGCUGCACUCGAGUCGGUUCGUGGACAACUACUGCUUCCUAAAUCGGUUCCGAGGGUAAUCGCGAAGCUGCGACAGCUUUAUGGCCGCCCUGAGCAACUGCUUCAAAACCAUCUCGAGAAGGUUCGUAAGUUGGAUUCGCCGAAAUCCGACCGUUUGGCCAGUUUUAUCCCCUUCGGAAAUGCAGUAGAGCAGCUCUGCGAGCAUUUGGAGGCUGCUGAUCUCACACUGCACCUUGUGAAUCCAAUCCUGAUUCAGGACUUGGUCAAUAAGCUUCCGGACGGAGAAAAGCGACAGUGGUUGCACUACAAACGGAAGAAGAAGGAGGUGACGCUGCGAACGUUCACGGAUUUCAUCUCCAAGAUUGUGUCCGAUGCUUGCGAGGUGAGCGUCAACUACGAUUACAAGCCGGACACUAAAGCUGCGGUUGGUACAAGGGCAAGAUCCAAGCCGAAGGAGAAAGCUGCUCUAUACAGCCACAGCGAGGCGAACGAGUCCCACGGGCGGACCGAUCGGAAGAGGCAGAAGCCGUGUAAAGCGUGCAAACGAGACGACCAUCGGCUAAGAUUCUGCCAGGACUUUAAAAAUUUGCCCUUUGCGGAUCGAAUGAAGAUCGUGAGCAAAUGGAAACUGUGCAAGGUCUGUUUGAAUGAACACAGUGGGCAAUGUCGCUUCAAGAUUCGGUGCGACGUCGAUGAUUGCGGAGAACCGCACAAUCCACUGAUUCAUCCGGCCACAACGGCAGUUGCCAUGCACGCACACAUCAAACCCAGCGGUACCAUGAUGUUCCGAAUGAUCCCAGUUAUGAUCCACUGCGGAGAAAGAUCACUGGCUGCGCUUGCGUUCCUAGACGAAGGAGCUUCCAUCACGUUGAUAGAGACUGAGUUGGCUGAUCGUUUGGGGCUAGGUGGAGUGAAAGAAAGGCUAGUGCUUAACUGGACGGUGGACGUUUAUCGUGUAGAAAAGAACUCCAGGCGUAUGAACCUGUGGACUUCCGCUGCUGAUGAGACAAUGCGGAGAAGACUUUGCUGCGUGGCGCAGUAUGACCACAUGCGGGGAUUGCCGAUCAGUUCAUAUGAAGGUCGACCAGGAAUUCUGAUAGGGCUAAGCAACAUUCACGCCUUUACUCCUCUGGAAGCGAAGAUUGGCACUACGAGUGAGCCGAUCGCAGUACGGUGCCAACUCGGCUGGACAGUGUACGGGCCACGACGAGCAUCGCCUGAGUCGCAAGGCAGCUAUCUGGGAUACCACCAGCAAGUCUCUAACGAAGAUCUUCACGAUCUCCCCAAAUCCCAUUAUGCACUUGAUGAGUCCGUAGUACGGGUGCACCGAGAAUCAGCUGAAGACAAAAGGGCUCGGUCUAUAUUGGAGCACACCACGAAGCGCGUAGGGAACCGUUUCGAGACGGGACUCCUCUGGGCCAAAGAUGACGUUAGCUUCCCGGACAGCUACCCUAUGGCACUGAAGCGGCUAGUACAGUAG